GCGUAAAAUUAAAAACUUUUGGUAUGUCUUUGAAGCAGAUAAAUUGAACAAAGUUGUGGUUAGGGUAAGCAACUUCAAAUUAUAUUUAAGUAGGCUCCCGUGGACAUUUUCUCAAUACCCCAACAUAGCCUACCAUCGCCUCUACCCACACACAUCCACGUUCAAAAGUGAACAACAUCACCUCCUUGAAUAUGCAACUCUCCAACGCUAUUCUUGUUGCACUUGCCACUGCAGCAUGGGCACAGGACUAUUUGGUACUGUCGAAAUCUUCGAAACUGUGACAUCAGUCCUAAAUGCCUGAUAAUCUAACCUUGCGCAAGGCUACGAUUUAUCCCUCUCGAGGGUAUUCUGGCCCUUCCCUGAGAAUUUACGACGAAGAAUGCGUUCGACUCAGGCCGCCGCUCCGUAGCCGUGUUGGCUCCAUAAAGAUCACCGAAGACACUUACUGCGAAUUUUAUACGUAUGUUACACUGUUUGAUAACCACCCACCAAGACUGCAAGCGGAAUGAACUGAUCAUACCUCGGUAGCACUAAUUCCUGCCUUCUUUCUC